AUCAAAAAACCCUCAGUUUGACAUUUGAAGACGUUCAAAUAUUAAAAGAAUGAAUUUUCUAAUGAAUUAUAUGAUGUGUGUCGCUGAUGUGUGUGUGUGUGUGUGCGUGUGCGUGUGCGUGCGUGCGCGCGAGCACUGCAGUCUGAUGGGACCUGGGUGCUCUGGCUGCUGUUGGCUCUGUUGCUGUUGCUGGUUCUGGCUUUGCUCUGGUGGUUCUGGCCUCUUUGCUGCACUGUGGUGAUCAGAGACCCGCCCCCUGCUCGCCCCCCUCCUCCACCUCCCGUCAUUGAGCUGGAAGAGGACCUCUCACCCAAACACAGGUGGCCCACGGUGGACGCUUCAUACUACGGAGGCAGGGGACCCGGAGGAAUCAAACGCAUGGAGGUGCGCUGGGGGCAGAAGGGAUCCACAGAGGAGGGUACUCGGCUUGAGAGACCCAAAAACGCUGUGGUCACUUUGCCGGAGGAAGUGGAGGAGCCCAUCAUACCCCGACCCCCGCCAAGACCUGCUCCUGUGUACAGCCCCUCAUCGCGGUCCAAAUGGUACACUCCCAUCAAGGGGCGUUUUGAUGCGUUGCUGGCGUUACUGAGAAGACAGUACGACAGAGUGGCAAUCAUGAGGCCGACGCAUCGGGACAAGGGCCGCUGCAUGAACUUCACCAGAGUUCAGAGUCGCUGACGUUCAAACGUGAGGAUCGACACUUUUCACUUUAUUCCUUUUUUUGGCCAAAGACGACCAGUAUGUGCACUUAAAGAGAUGAAUGUCGGGAUGUAUAUUGUAAAUAAAUUCCUUUACUUAUA